AAAUAAAUAGAAUAGCAUAUGACUUGGCUUCUUCUGCUUCUACUACUGUUGCGGGAAAUUCUCGUCUUAAUUUAUUACAGAAAAAAUUGCAUAGCUUAGGAGCUGAUUAUUUCAUCAUUGAGACAACGAAAAUACCCUUUAUUACUGAAGAAGCAAAUCAGAUUCAAGCAAGAAAACAUAUACUUUGUGGAAUUAAUGAUUAUGAUUGUCCUGAGUUCUUUUACCUGGAAAAGGUUCAGGAAAGACUUAGCGAAUGUGAUACUACCAAGCCUCCUUCAAUGCAAAAUCUAAUAGACAUAAUGAUAAUGCUAUGUAUGCGAUCAGCAGAUGUGAAAAAUUUUCGUAUCAACCGAUACAAACCAAGUCGCGAGUUAUGGUAUAAUCCUGACUAUUCUUG